UAUAGUCAAUAGCGAAGGACACACGGAGAGGCACACACACACACACACACACACACACACACGCAUGCAGCCACGGCUCGAGCUGUACAGCGGAACACGGGCCCGUGUGUGUCCAUGAAUCCACGCAGAAGCGAACCUCUUCACAACUUAAUUAAGGAGUAAACAGCCGAAAAUGGAGCGGGAGUUAUGGAUUUAAAGCUGAGAGGAGUUGCAAUGGGCGGUCUGCUGGCGGUGUUGCUGCUGAGGAGUUGCCUGCUGUCGGCGGUUUACGGCUCACCUCUCCUCCUGUUUGCCAACCGGCGUGACGUACGAUUGGUAGAUGCAGAGGGUGUGCGGGGUGAGUCGGCCAUUGUUGUUAGUGACCUGGAGGAUGCGGCAGCGGUGGACUUCCUGUACGCUGAGGGCCUUAUAUUUUGGACAGAUGUCAGCGAGGAGGCCAUCAAACAGACCCACUGGAAUCAGUCAUCCAACUCCCUUAAAGAAGCACUGGGAACCGGCCAGACCGUGGUAGUAUCAGGGCUGGACAGUCCUGAUGGGCUGGCCUGUGACUGGCUGGGUAGAAAGCUAUACUGGACAGACUCGGAGACCAAUCGGAUUGAAGUGGCUAACCUAGACGGCACCUCCAGAAAGGUCCUGUUUUGGAUGGACCUGGACCAGCCCAGGGCUGUCGCUCUUAACCCUGGUCAACGCUACAUGUACUGGACCGACUGGGGAGAGGAGCCCAGGAUAGAGCGCGCUGGCAUGGAUGGCAGCAACAGGAAGGUGAUAGUGAAUGUGGACAUAUACUGGCCCAAUGGUCUGACCAUAGACCUGGUCGAACAGAAGCUGUAUUGGGCGGAUGCUAAACUCAGCUUCAUCCACAGAGCGAACCUGGAUGGAUCAGCACGUGAAACCGUGGUGGAGGGCACCCUCACCCAUCCCUUUGCGCUGACGCUGUCUGAGGAGACCUUGUACUGGACCGACUGGCAAACCCGCUCCAUCCACGCCUGUAACAAACACAGUGGAGACAAGGCCAGAGAGAUCCUCAGUGGGAUUUACUCUCCCAUGGACAUCCAGGUUCUGGAGCCCUAUCGACAGCCUUACAUCCAUACUCCCUGCAGUGACAAUAACGGAGGCUGUAGUCAUCUCUGCCUACUCUCUCCAGUUCAGCCUUUCUACAGCUGCGCCUGCCCCACUGGUGUCCAGCUUAAACCAGAUGGGAAGACAUGCAAGCCAGGAGCAGAGCAGGUUUUACUGCUGGCCCGACGGACUGACCUGCGGAGAAUCUCACUGGAUCUGCCGGACUUCACAGAUAUAGUCCUACAGGUUGACGACAUUCGCCACGCCAUAGCUAUAGACUAUGACCCAGUUGAGGGCUACGUCUAUUGGACAGAUGAUGAAGUACGGGCCAUCCGCCGAUCCCAUAUCGAUGGCAGCAAUGCCGUGAUGCUGGUCACCACAGAGAUCAACCACCCAGACGGCAUUGCUGUGGACUGGGUAGCCAGAAACCUGUACUGGACUGACACUGGCACGGACCGGAUUGAGGUGACCAGGCUGAAUGGAACCUCUCGGAAAAUUUUGAUUUCUGAGAACCUGGAUGAACCCAGAGCCAUUGUCCUGGACCCCAUUAAUGGCUACAUGUACUGGACUGACUGGGGCGAGCAUCCUAAGAUUGAGCGGGCCAACCUGGAUGGGACAGACCGGGUGGUUCUACUCAACAGCUCUCUGGGCUGGCCCAACGGGCUGGCGAUAGAUCACGCGGCAGGAAAACUUUACUGGGGCGACGCUAAAACUGACAAGAUCGAGGUGAUCAACGUGGAUGGCAGUAACAGACAGAUCCUGCUAGAGGACAAGCUGCCUCAUAUCUUUGGCUUCACUCUGCUGGGCGAUUACAUCUACUGGACGGACUGGCAGAGACGCAGCAUCGAGAGGGUCCACAAAGUCACAGCUGUUCGAGAGAUCAUCAUCGACCAGCUGCCAGAUUUAAUGGGGCUGAAGGCCACUAAAGUGACAGAGACAUACGGUACAAAUGGCUGUGCAGUGGACAACGGAGGGUGCAGCCACCUGUGUUUCUGGCGUCGGCAGGCCGUCAGCUGUGCCUGUCCCAUGGGGAUGGAGCUGCUCUCAGACCUGCAGACCUGUGUGGUGCCCGAGGCCUUCCUGCUCUUCACCAACAGGGACAACAUCAGGAGCAUCUCCUUGGGAACCAACAGCAACGACGUGGCCAUUCCUCUGACAGGCGUCAAAGAGGCCUCAGCUCUGGACUUCGACGUCUCUGAGAGGAGAAUAUAUUGGACUGACAUACAGGCCAAGACCAUCAGCAGAGCUUAUAUGAAUGGCAGCUCAGUGGAACAUGUCAUAGAGUUUGGACUGGACUACCCAGAAGGCAUGGCGGUUGACUGGAUGGGCCGUAACAUCUACUGGGCCGACACAGGCACUAACCGCAUCGAGGUGGCCCGCCUGGAUGGCCAGUACCGGCAGGUUGUGGUGUGUAAGGAUCUAGACAACCCGCGCUCGCUGGACAACCCACGCUCACUAGCACUGGACCCAGCCAAUGGCUACAUGUACUGGACAGAGUGGGGCGGUCGGCCUCGUAUAGCCAGAGCCUACAUGGAUGGCAGCACCAUCACGACCCUCGUGGAUAAAGUGGGCCGGGCCAACGGGCUGACCAUCGACUACGUCGACCAUCGACUCUACUGGACUGACCUGGACACAUGCAUGAUCGAAAGCACCAACAUGCAAGGCCUUCAGAGGGAGAUCAUAAUAGACGACCUCCCUCACCCCUUCGGUCUGACUCAGUACAGAGACUUUAUCUACUGGACAGACUUUAACCUGCGCAGCAUUGAACGGGCAGACAAACGCAGCGGACUCAACCGCACUGUGGUGCUGCAGGGCCAGCUGGAGCUGAUGCUGGACAUCCUGGUCUUCCACUCCUCCCGUCAGGAUGGUACCAACGAGUGCUCCCACAACAACGGCAACUGUGCCCACCUCUGCCUGGCCACGCCCGCUGGUGCCCAGUGUCGCUGUGCCUCCCACUACACCUUGAACCCUGAUGGACGAAACUGUAGCUCUCCAUCUAGUUUCCUGCUCUUCAGUCAAAAGGCCAGUAUCAGCAGGAUGGUUCUGGGAGAGCAGAGUCCUGACAUCAUCCUGCCCAUCCACGUCCUGAGGAACGUCCGAGCCGUCAGCUACGACCCGCUGGACCGGCUGGUCUACUGGCUGGACGGACGACAGAACAUCCGCAGGGCCAGAGACGAUGGAGCCAUGUCCAUGAUAGUGAGCAGCACCGUUCAGCCAGUGGACAACCAGCUUCAUGACCUGAGCCUGGACCCCUACAGCCGCCACAUUUACUGGACCUGUGAAACGACCAACACCAUCAACGUGCAGAGGAUGGACGGCCACACCGUGGGUGUGGUCCUGAAGGACGACACCGACAAGCCCCGGGCCAUUGUGGUCAACGCUGAAAAAGGGUACAUGUAUUUCACCACGGUGCAGGAGCGCUCGGCUAAGAUCGAAGGAGCCAGUCUGGAUGGGACUGAGAGAGAAUCUCUGUUCACCACUGGGCUGAUCAGACCAGUCGCUCUGGCUCUGGACAAUAAACUGGGAAAACUGUUCUGGGUCGACGCCGACCUCAAACGCAUUGAGAGCAGUGACCUGACAGGAGCCAAUCGCAUCGUCCUCCAGGAUUCAAACAUUCUGCAGCCAAUGGGGCUGACGGUUCUGGGAGACCAUCUGUACUGGAUCGACCGGCAGCAGCAGAUGAUAGAGAGGGUGGACAAACUGACCGGGGACGGACGCACACGCAUACAGGGACGGAUAUCAUACCUGACUUCCAUCCAUGCUGUGGAAGAGAUGGACCCACAGGAGUUUGCAUCCCACCCUUGUUCCCGUGACAACGGGGGCUGUUCUCAUAUCUGCAUUGCCAAGGGUGAUGGUACACCUCGCUGCUCCUGUCCCAUGCACCUGGUGUUGCUGCAGGAUCUUCUGCGCUGUGGAGAGCCUCCCACCUGCUCCACAGAGCAGUUCACCUGCUCCACGGGGGAGAUCGACUGUAUUCCUAUGGCCUGGCGUUGCGAUGGCUUCUCUGAAUGUGAAGACGGCAGCGAUGAGGAGAACUGCCCGGUCUGCUCAGCCUCCCAGUUCCAGUGUGAUAAAGGAGGCUGCAUCGAUGCUCAGAGGCGCUGCAACGGUGAACCUGACUGCGCCGACAGCUCUGAUGAGCAGGACUGUGAAACUAUCUGCCCUCCUAACCAGUUCCGCUGUGGCGACAACCAGUGUAUCACAAAGAAACAACAGUGUGAUAAUUACUCUGACUGUCCUGACGGAUCUGAUGAGCUUGCCUGUGAGUACGUGUCUCCUCCCUCCAGUGGCAUCCCCAACACCGGCCCCAACACCAUCGGUCCAGUCAUCGCCAUCAUCCUGCUCGUCUUUGUGAUCGGGGGAGCUUAUUUUGUCUGCCAGCGCGUGGUGUGUCGACGCUACAAAGGCCCCAGCGGGACUUUUCCUCACGAGUACAUCAGUGGCACGCCCCACGUGCCCCUCAACUUCAUUGCCCCCAGCAGCUCCCAGCACGGCACCUUCCAAGGUAUUUCCUGUGGGAAGUCCAUGAUGAGCUCAGUCAGUCUGAUGGGCAGCAGCAGCAGUGGAGCUCCUCUCUAUGACAGGAACCAUGUGACUGGAGCCUCAUCCAGCAGCUCAUCAUCUACCAAGGGAGCCUUCUAUCCUCAGAUCCUGAACCCUCCUCCGUCCCCGGCUACCGACCGUUCUCUCUACAACACAGAGAUCUUCUACUCCUCUAACAGUCCAUCCACCACCAGAUCGUACAGACCCUACCACCCAGUCCGUGGCGCUGCUCCACCCACCACUCCCUGUAGCACCGAUGUCUGCGACAGCGACUACACCCCCCACCACCUGCCGGCUGGGCUGGCGUCGUCAGCGGGCCGCUGGAAGGCCGCGGGCCACGGCAGCCACGGCAAGCACAACAAGUACUACAUGGACCUUAACUCGGACUCGGACCCCUACCCUCCGCCCCCCACCCCCCGCUCCCAGUACCUGUCGGCCGAGGAGAGCUGCCCCCCGUCCCCUUCCACCGAGCGCUCCUACUUCCACCUGUGCCCCCCUCCUCCCUCGCCCUGCACCGACUCCUCAUGACCCUCCAACAGCCCGAGAGCCCUGUGAAGAAGGAAAGGACAAAGCAUGCUCGCCUCACCUAGAACUGGCCUCCACUGGCCCAGGCUACCAGGGAAAGAACUCACGUGCCAACUUCCAGCCGUGACCGGCUCACACACGCUGCUUUAUAUCAGCUGGUUCGGCUCAAGUGCCUUGUUCGAGGCUCCUAUGUCCCGCAUUGGUUCAUUUCAUCAUUCCAGUCAUCCUGCAGCUUUCAGGGUGACCAUCAUCUGAUCAGUUCUAUGUCUGUCUUCCACGUGUCCCCCGCUCUAACAGUCGCUCCCUCGUGGCAGGUCGAAGGUUUGAGACCCGUCCUCUCUUUCUGUGGGACACAAAAAGGAGAUGAUGAGUGCGCACGGCCAGAAGCUCCCUCUUUGAUUUUCAUUCCACCAGGAGAAGAAACCUCGCCUUGCUGGGGCACCGCUUGAUCACCCAAACUUCAAAUAUGUCCAAUUAUAAGCCUCCCACGAAACCCACUGACUGAGACAGUCACCAGUAGGUACUGGUGUUGUGUGAAAACCAGUCCAAUGCCACAAGUUAUUCAUUAAGACUGAAGCCAAGGCAUGGGAGGCAUGCCCCCUCCCCCUCCUCCUCCUCCUCCUCCUGCUCCUCGCUUCCUGCCAUUUGUCUCCUCCUUCCUCACAGUGUCCUUGUUGGCAGACCAGUGGCAGGACUGUAUAUAGUGUUAAAAUAAUAUGAACAAAAAUAGAUCAGAGAGGAAUUAUUUUACUAUUUUAUUCACGCUGGCUGAUCCACGGCUCCACAGCUAACACAGGGACAGACGGAGGAGUGGACGAGUGCGCGAGUGAUUGAGAGACGGGAGAAUGAUUGGACAGCUGUGUGCAUGAGACACAACAAUGUGAAUGUUUCGCUUCUUUGUAGGACAAAUUAGACAAAAUUCAUAGACGAUGACUGAGUGAAUGUGUUUGAGUUAUGAGUGAAUGAGUGGAUGGAUGGAACAGGGCCAAGAUCAAAGUGUGAACUCUCCUGAACGGGAUUUUUUGAAACGUGUCCCUCACAUUUCUCAUCGGGAAUUCUCUGCGGUUGGACACGGAGCUCCCUCUGGUCAACAAAGACACAAAGACAAAUCUGUCCCGACAGUCCCCUUCUUCAUCCCGUGAAAUCACAACAACAUACCAAAUGAAUAUCGACAUGUAAAGCUAUUGUACAUAUGUGUAAUGAAGUCAGUGAGUGAGUUGUGACAAGUGGAUGCUUUCAUUGUGAAUCUGAACCUUUUCUUUACUCUCAUCAUCCCGUUUACCAAAAGUACGUUUGCUGCUAUUGUGUCCAUACUAUAUCAGUUACUAUGACAUGUAAUUACACAGAAAGCCCCAGAUUACCACUUUCAUACAGACUGUAGAUCAUGAAGCUAUUUUACAUUUAAUAACAAAUUAUUCUUAUAGCGACUUCUGUUAUUUGUAUUUUCUGUUUGUGUGUAGAUCAUUGUGUAUGUUUUUUACGUGGGUCACCAUGUUUGGUUUGAAGGAGUCUUUUUGGAAACAGAAAAGCGACAGUUUGAGAGAGAGUUCCAGCUGAGACGUUUGACUCGAGUGGUUCCAUUGGAUCCACCGAAGGUUUCAGUACCACCCCCCCCCCCCCCCCACACCCCGUCUUUCUCCGAGAACUCUUGUGUCUUUAGUGUGUUUUUGUGGUGUCGACACGAUGAAUUGUACGAGGCGAGAAGUUCAAACCCCGCCUGCUUUCACUCCUCCGCAAUCACCCGGCCAAUCACGGCGUAACAUGGAUGAGAUGUGUAACAUGGUUUGAAGCUGGCCGCGGCCUCCAGUUGUCCACUUCCCCACCUCCUGUACAGUGGACCUGACUGGUGAAUCCUGCUGUGGAGUCCGAACAGCUUUCCCACGUCAAGGAUCCUGCAGGAACCCUGCCACCACAGAACUCAGUCAAAGCCUGUGAUCUUUGUCACAUUAUAAGAUGUCUGAACAACCACUGGACAUUUCUGUGACAUGUUCUGGAUAGUCACUCUACUUUGUACUGCAGGGACGUGGAAUAGAAGACAACAUUUAUUUGAUUUUCUCUUGAAAAACUCAAAGCACUAAAGCUGCAAUAAAAUGUGUAGACCGGGACCAGAAUGACUUGACAGUAUAAUAGUCUCUGUACAUAUAAUCUACUAACUCCAAGUGGUUGUAGUGUUAAGCUAAUCUUUACAACAUCACCUCUUGGGACAAACUUUACAUGUUCGGUCCCAGCACCAUUCAAGGCUUUAAGAAUAUGAAAAUCACCAGCAGGUUCUUUGUUCUGUCCACCACCUUUGUAUCAAACAUUGCCGCCUCUAGGGGGGGCUGUGGAGUGUAGCAGUGCAGCAGUGUGUUUUCCUAGUUAUGGUCCCACCUGUGCAGAUCAUUCUCAUCAUGUACUGUCGUGGUCGAGCUUUGGGCUUCGGAUGUGGUUAUGUUCAGCCUGCUAUCACCAGCACUUAAACCAGGACCCAGCAACUAAAAGUGGGAAGACAUUUAAUGCACUUAUAUAUAGAAAAGGGCAUAAUGUUGUAAUUACCCAUGAAAUACUAAGAAAAGAAAGUUCGCCUGGGCUGUGGAGUGUAUAAAUCAACCUUGGGCCAUGUUGAGAAAAAAAAGCUGGAAAACAGUUUUAAGUUUGGAGAGAGCUGUAGAGGAAACAGCCACAUCGUCUUCAAGAACAGCUUUUGGCCUGCGUGUGCUCACAGGAACAUCUUAUAAUUGAAUAGUGAGCAAAAUGUUAAAGGCAGAAGGUAAAGUGUUGACUAUUAGUAUGUUCCAAUCUUCCAAGCGCCAAGCAGAUGAGAACGUAGCCACGAAUUAAUGAGUGUCUUUUCCAGAACAGUCAGUGUUUUGGCCGUCGUGUAGUUUCCUGAUAGAAAACUAUACCAGCACUUUUGGAAUUUUCUGUGUGCUUGUUGCUUGUUGCCUGAUAAAUCCACCUCCUGUCAGGUGACAGUACAGCUGACGUGUGGUGAUGGAUUUCCAGUUAACAAAGCUGAAGUAGCAUCUGUGUGUGUGUGUCAGUGGGAACCCUGCGCAGCUCGUGGGCCCCGCCCCCAAACCACUGUGUCAGUAAAACUCCUGAAAACCCUCUGUUUGUUGUCUCAGCUAGAAAUGCUUUGUGUAAUUUACACUUGUGACAAUUUUUGUAUCAAAAGCAUUUUUAUAUAAUAAAGGUUCUAUUUU